CAGCGCCACCUGUCAUUGUCCAUCAGUGCCAACUCUCUCUGCUCAUCCAUGCCACCUGCCAGUGCCCAUCAGUGCCACAUCAAUGCCACAUAUCAGUGCCCAUCUGAGCUGCCUUUCAGUGUCACCCAUCAGUGCCAGUCAGUGCCACCUAUCAAUGUCAGUCAGUGCCACCUAUCAGUGCUGCCAAUCAGUGCCAGUCAGUGCCGCCUAACAGUGCCAGUCAAUGCCGCCUAACAGUGCCAGUCAAUGCCGCCUAUCAGUGCUGCCUAUCAGUGCCAUAUAUGCCAUAUAGGCACUGAUGAUCAGUGUGCCCUGAUGAUCAGUGUAGCCCCAGCAGUGCCAGCUGUCAGUGUCCAUCAGUGCCACAUCAAUGCCACAUAUCAGUGCCUACCAGUGCAG